ACUUUGGGGCGUGCCGGUGAAGUACCCGGAUGUGAUAGGCCAUGUGCACUUCCUUUCGGUGAGCGCUCCUCGUCGCAUCAGUCGUUAUAUCACCUCGUCUGCCAGACGUGCCUCCUCCAGUAGCCACGACAACGACCCUUACCACACAAAGACAUGUAUCGUCUCCCCACAAUGAUGAAGCAGGUGAGGCCCGUGUGCAAGACUCUUGCGCCUCACCUCACACGUGCUUACGCUAAAGACGUCAAGUUCGGUGCUGAUGCUCGUGCCCUAAUGCUGCAAGGGGUUGACCUGUUGGCUGAUACAGUUGCUGUCACCAUGGGCCCUAAGGGCCGUACAGUCAUCAUCGAGCAAAGCUGGGGCAGCCCGAAGGUGACCAAGGACGGUGUAACUGUGGCAAAGAGCAUCGACUUGAAGGACAAGUACAAGAACAUUGGUGCCAAGUUGGUUCAGGAUGUGGCCAACAACACCAACGAGGAGGCAGGUGAUGGCACCACUACCGCCACCGUGCUGGCACGUGCCAUUGCCAAGGAGGGCUUCGACACCAUCAGCAAAGGCGCCAACCCUGUAGAGAUCCGUCGCGGCGUCAUGCUGGCCGUUGAGACUGUCAUCAGCGAGCUCAAGCGCCUCUCCAAACCUGUCACCACCCCAGAGGAAAUUGCACAGGUUGCAACCAUCUCAGCCAAUGGCGACACAGAUAUUGGGAGUGUCAUCUCCAAUGCAAUGAAGAAAGUUGGUCGCAAAGGAGUCAUCACUGUGAAGGAUGGGAAAACUCUUCAUGAUGAGCUGGAGGUCAUUGAGGGUAUGAAGUUUGACCGUGGUUACAUCUCCCCAUACUUUAUUAACACCGCUAAAGGUCAGAAAUGUGAGUUCCAGGAUGCUUACCUGCUACUCAGUGAAAAGAAAAUCUCCAGUGUCCAGAGCAUCGUUCCUGCCCUGGAGAUCGCCAACCAGCACCGCAAGCCCUUGGUCAUUGUGGCUGAGGAUGUGGAUGGAGAAGCCCUCAGCACUCUUGUUCUUAAUAGGCUGAAGGUUGGUCUGCAGGUGGUUGCAGUCAAAGCGCCAGGAUUUGGGGACAACAGGAAGAACCAGCUAAAGGAUAUGGCCAUUGCCACCGGCGGCACUGUUUUCGGUGACGAUGCUGUGGGCAUGGCUCUGGAGGACAUCCAGGCGCACGACUUUGGUAAAGUUGGCGAGGUGCAGAUCACCAAAGACGACACGCUGCUCCUGAAGGGCGCCGGCGCACCUGCCGAUGUCGAGAGGCGGGCGGCUGAGAUCGUGGAGCAACUUGAGAACACGACCAGCGACUACGAGAAGGAGAAGCUCAACGAGCGCUUGGCCAAACUUUCAGAUGGCGUGGCCGUGCUCAAGAUCGGAGGGACGAGCGAUGUUGAGGUGAACGAGAAGAAAGACCGUGUGACUGACGCCUUGAAUGCCACGCGGGCAGCUGUGGAGGAAGGCAUCGUGCCUGGCGGCGGCUGUGCUCUUCUGCGCUGUAUUCCCUCCCUGGACGCCAUCAAACCUGCUAAUGCUGACCAGAAGAUUGGUGUGGACAUCAUUAGACGGGCAUUGCGCAUCCCCGCCGUGACCAUUGCCAAGAACGCUGGCGUGGAGGGCUCGCUGGUGGUGGAGAAGAUCCUGCAAGGACCUGCCGAGAUGGGCUACGACGCCAUGUUGGGCGAAUACGUCAACAUGGUGGAGAAGGGCAUCAUCGACCCCACCAAAGUGGUUCGCACGGCUCUCCUGGACGCAGCAGGCGUGGCCUCGCUUCUCUCCACAGCUGAGGCGGUCGUCACAGAGAUCCCCAAGGAGGACAAGGAAAUGCCGGCCGGCGGAAUGGGCGGCAUGGGCGGAAUGGGCGGUGGUAUGGGUUUCUAAAAGACAACUGCCCGGCUUAUCUCAUCCUCCCCUCCACCACUGUAUAGACUAAACAGAAUGGCGCCUCUGAGACUCUGCACCCAUAACAGGAAGUUGGUACUACCAGCUGUGUACCCCUCGAUUGGCCUGCCCUAAGAAGCCAGCAUCCGGGAGUAGAUCUGCUUGUUUUCCACAUCAUGCUGUAAAAUGUGUGACCGUGGGGGGGGCAUUUUCUUCCCCUGCAGGAACUCUCCACCAAGUUUACUGUGGUGGUGCCUUCUAUGGGUCAUGCCUAUGUUGACCACAUUAAUAGUAAGUUAAAGCCCACUCCCAAGAGUUUGUUGUUGGGAUUUAAAAGUAAGGAUAAUAACCAUCAGUCAUGGGUCAUUGUAUGGAUCUCUGUGGAAAUCUGUCUCAACUUCCUGUAAAGAUCAUAUGUUUAAAAAGAUAAAAGGUUACCUGUUAGAAAGAAAAUAUCAUCAAGCAGAGUGUGGAGUGAAGCUAGGAAUAUUGCUAUCAUUGUAUUUGUCUUGACUUAAUUUUUGUUUUUUUAUAUAUGUCAUGGUUUUGCCCUGCUGAUGAAGUGGGUGAAUCCUUUUUUUGAUUUAAUUAAACCAACUUUUCAAAUGA